AGCAUAUUUUUAAAUGACAGCGGUUCAGUUGGAACUCGCUGCGUUCAAUUAGAUUUUAUACGCGCUUUUUCAAGUUAUAUUUUCGCUGAUUUAACAAACAAUAUUCUCACAGUAGCCUUGAAAAAAUGCGGAGCUUAGAUUUUUGUUCAGUUAGCGCGUCGUCUUUAAUACGAGUAUUUCUUCCUUUGUAAUAAUUAUCCUGUAAAAUAAGUGGAAAAUUGCCUACGCCGAUUAGUUGAUAUUUUUGUGUGACUUCUUGUGCGACACGAAACAACAACAAGCAAUAUAGGCGUGCCUCCUCGUCUCCGUGUACAUUUGUCACACCGCACAGGCGCAGCUGCUGGGGUGUAUAGUCGCAAACGACAAUGGAUUUGGAUUGUGUGAAUUUGAAUAGGUUUUCAGAUGCCGACAUAGCGGCGCAAAUGCGUAAAUUAAAUUAUGAGAAAUUCAAAUCGUUGGUGCGCAUGCAUCUCUCAUUCGAGCUGGAUUUGAAUACCGACGAAUUUGAUUUACCUUGCCAUGAAAUAGUAUACGAGGAUAAAGGUAAGCUGAAGAAAUGGAAUCGAUUGUCGAAGAAGCAAAAGCACACGACAACCACGGGGUGCGCGAACACCGGGUCAAAGGCUUCGACUAGUGCAGAGAGUAGUCCUGUAGAAGCUUUGCAUCAACAAAUCAACGCUGGCUUCUUGCUGCACCUAGACGAGCUGAAGACAUUCUUAUUGCUAGAGAAAAAUUUGAAGCAGGAAGGCAUUUUCCGUAAAACUGGCUCCACUUCUCGGCAAAAUGAGCUGCGUCUGCAGGUGCAAAAUGACAAACCUAUCGACAUGGAAGAGGGUGGGUAUUCGGCACACGAUUGUGCGACGGUAUUUAAGGGUUAUCUUGCCGAACUGCCCGAACCGCUACUCACAGACGCCCACUAUCCAGCACAUCAGCAAAUAGCGCCGCUAUGCCUGGGCGCUGGCUCAACAAGCAGCAGUAGCACGGGCACUCUUACGCGACCCUUAAAUCCGGAAAGAAUAAAGCGUGAGCAACACUUGCUCAGCUCAAUUCAGCUGCUCUUGUUGCUUUUACCCGAUGAAAAUCGCCAAUUGCUGCAACACAUCAUUGAAAUUUUGCAUGCCGUGGCGGCAUAUGAAUGCCAUAAUAAAAUGACACCCGAAAAUUUGGCUACAAUUUUCGCGCCGCAUCUUAUUUGUCCGCGUAAUCUGCCACCAGAAGCAUUACACUACAUUUCCAAAACAAUGUCUAGCAUCAUCGCUUAUAUGGUAUGCAAAGGACAAGAGAUUUUCGAAAUGCCUGCAAAAUUAUCAACAGACAUACGGGCAUAUUUCAUGGAACGCAAACGUAAGAAGACCAUGUCGCCAGAGCAAACACUGGAUGAGUCCAUAUCAGAUAUGUCGACGGUGAACACGGUUUACACAUUCGUGGAUCGCGAAAAAACGGCUGCGGCGCACACUGCUAACAACACAGAUACGGAGCUGGCACAGCUCUAUGCGCACAUACAAAGCUUGCCAGAAUCGUCCAAGAAGCGCCGUCUUAUCAAACAAUUUAACAAACAGAAUGGACAGGGUACACCGCUCCAAUUGGUGGUUAUGAAUCGAUUGAAGGGCACAGAUGCGUCGCGCAGCGCCAAAUCUAUAGGAGACUCUAUCAAGAAACACAUUUUCCAUAAAGGCAUCAUGUCAAGAACACCAAAACGUACAGCUGUAGCUACUGCAACGCCCACAGCUGGCGGUGAAACACCCAACUUUUCCAAUAAUCAGAAGCACCCCAAAUUGCGCGUACUAUUCCGUAGUCCCGCACUUUCACAAAUCAACAACAGUUACUCAUCUGCCACUACACCAAUCAGACCAUCAUCAACAACAACAUCAACGCCAUCUUAUAACUCUUUGCAUGCCACUAAUCGCACGCUCAUUAACACAUCCUCCUCUUCUUGCGCAUCAUCAACCACGCCAUUAUCCACCACACCACAACCCAUUAAGUCAAUGAAUCAACACCCACUACAUAAGUCUGUUUCAUCAAAUUCGGCGCUUUCUCGCUCGUCUGCAACGCAACAACACAAGUUGACACUUCUCCGCCACCAUAUUAACAUUGAAGUGUCUGAAUCUUCUUCCCUAUCCUCAAGCAGCAGCGAUGGUUUGCUACCGGGAAUAGCGCCAAAGUACGACUGCUCCGUUUCCGCGCCCGUCAGUCGUCAGAAUUCGGACGAAUCUAAUCUAACUGCCAGCGCCGCAAAUCGUUUUGCCGCUCGCUGGGACGCCAGUUGUUGUACGCCACUCAAAUUCAUUUCGAAUUUUGCCAAACACUCGGCGGCACUCGUCGACGCACGCAAAACCGUCGCUUGGGAUGAAGCGCAUCUGUUGGAUGUUGAAGAAAUAUCCAACCCUUGCACUCCCAUACAGCAAACACCCGCGGAGUAUAAGUCGCGCUACAAAUCGGAACCAAAUUUAAGUUGCGCCAUUGGAACUGUCGCAUCGGGCACUGGUGCAAAGGAGAGCGCUUCAAAGUACGCGAGCGGUAGUCGUUCGUUAACACGAAAACUGAUGAAAGGUGUGAGUAUGAACAGUUUAAGGUCUUACUUUGCCACACCCGAGUCAACGAAGCGAUUGGUGCGUAGCGUCUCAUCUUCACUGCGAAGGCGAUCUGCGGGAGACGAUGAGUUACCAAAAGUUUGCCUAAAUACGACAGAACAGCAAACAUACAAAAUUGUGCAACAAAUAAAUACCGAUGCGGUAGUUAGUCUCGAGGAUUUGGAUGAUGAAACCUUUGAAGAUAAUCCCGAUGAUCAGUUGGGCAGCGAUAGCAAUUCAGCAGAAGAGGAGGAAGACGAAUACGAGAUGGAGUAUUCUGCAGCGCAUCACAUUGGCUUGACAACAGUGGAUGGGCGGAGUAGCAAUAGCAACUCGAGUGACAACAGCACCACCCGUUAUCAUCAGCAGCUUUUGUUGCAGCAGAGUGGCGUUUAUAGAAAUAUGGAUUUAAUAACGAGCACGCCAUCGUUGCUGCUUGGACGGCGCUCAAUGUCACCGAUUACGAAAUCCACACAGCGCAUGCCCAAAUCGAUGCAGGAAUCAAUAAUGACGCCACGUUCACGAAAGCCCGUCAUGGUGCUCACCACCACGCACAGCUCCAGCGAUCAAAAUCAAACAAUUUGCCAAACAGAUUUCUCUAACUUCCGCGAGCAAGACGAAGAUGAGACCGGGCAUAGCCGCGGCAGCGUCGACUUUUCGCAGAAAGACAUAGACGAAGUUGACACAGCACCACAUUUGCAAUGCGACGAUGCAACCUCAUUGGAUAGCUAUGCCGAUUUGAUGGCCAUGCAACAGCCAGGCUUAGCGAUGCUGAAGCACAACGAGCGUAACGUGGAGAAAGUCGAUGCACUUAGUAGUAAUUUUAAAGAAUAUUUACGCAGCCGAAGUGUAUUCACUGCUAGCCCGGUUGACUCGUCGUUCUCUAGUCAACCUGAUGAUUUCGGUUCGCCACAAAAUAUCCAUGGCUUAAAUGAUUCGCAAUUGAGUCCAAGUUUACUGUACUGUCUUGAUGGUCAUGAGCCUGAUGAGAAUGCAUUAGUUGACGAAAAAUCAAACAAUUUAAAACACGACGAGCAUGCGCUACAACCCACAACGGCAGCAAGCAAUAGUGCAGAAGCAAACGUUGCAGCAAGUGCCAACAAAUGUUGCACGCCGCACAGUUCAUAUUAUCGCAAUCGGCUAUAUGCCUUGAACAAUGCACGUAAGCGUGCUGCUAACAGUGAUUUCGAAACUGUCACACAAACUGAAUUAACGGCGGCUACCGGUGCUGUAGCUUCAAACAGCAAUACAACAAUUGAAGGUCACAACAGUAGAACAACUACAGCAAAUAAAGAGAAUAUCGAACAUGUGGAAAACUAUAUGCGUUCAAGAAAACUGCUAAUUAGCGAGUAUCCCGGCGAAACAUCGUUUUAGUUUAGACGUUACAAUUAAUAUGAUUUGCUAUAACGAUAAAUAUUUUAGAAAUGUUAUUUGAAUAACUAUACUCACAUAUAUAUAGACAUUUAACUUAUAUAAACUCUGUGUGCAUACUAACCAUUAACGGUUAACCGAGUGCAAAUUUCAUAUUCCCUUCAAAUCAAACACGAAUUUCAAAAUGCUUCCCACUUUUACAGCUCAAAAAUAUCAAAACAAAUUAAUUUAAUUUAAUUUAAUUUACUAAUAUUAGUGCAUAUUUACGAAUAUCUUAACGCGUAACAGCCAUUGGCAACUUAAAAUUAAAGUAUAUUACAUAAUUGCUAGGGCGUAAGUUAUCACAUCUUCAAUUACAUAUUCAUGCAUUUUAUUUGCAAAUGUAGCUUGGCGUUAAAAAUUUUACGUACGUACAUAAAUAUUUAUAUGCCAUAAGAUGUUUUAAAUAUUAGCACUUAGAUUUACAAAUACAUACUUACGUACGCUGUUAAUUACUUAUUCCUUUACAUUUACUCAUUUGUAACGGUUGGAGAAAUGUAACAUAUUUAUUCAAUAAAAUGUCACUUUAGUUUUCAAUGAGA